AUGCCAAUCAGAGAUUACGGUGUGUGGAAGGCAACUCCUGUGCAGUACACAGUUGAACACAAUGAGGACGAUUCGAUAUCCCCGCACUUGUCGCUAUACUUCGAUGACAGCGGAGAGCCAACUCGCCAUGCUAGUCGCAAUGUUCACCGAAGUCGGUCCAGUGCGCGAGAGAUUCCUGGACUUUUCCGAGCGGCAAUCAAUAUUAAGUCUGGAGAUAGGAAAGAAUCUCGACUUGCCUAUUGGGUGAAUCACAACUUCAAUCAGCACCCCAAAGUGAAUGAUCUCACUGAUCUACCUCUGGGCUUUCAUCCCCUCGGAGACAGGGAGUCAGGAACAUCCAGUACCGGUCUAAAUCUGGAUUUCAUCCGGGACAAUUUGUUCUGUAUCAAUGAUGGUCGAAUCUUGCCCCAUGACAUAGAAGGUCCGAACAAUGAUAUGAUCGAUGUCCUCGAGCCUGAGGUAAAACAGGCAAUCGAUAAGAAGGCCGAGAUUUACCUGUUUGGCUCACGGUUCAAUACUCAAGAUGGUAUUCACAACAUUCAUAUGAACCAGGGCAAUACUCGGAAAUUUAAAAAAGAUGAUGGCGUCUUCCAAGAUGGUGGCAUUUUGAUCAACUAUCCGGACUCCGGUGAAUGGGUGGGGGUAUUUCUCGGCUUCGCAUCACAAGCUGUACACACCGAUGACAAGACAGGUCAUGCUAUAACAUCCGAGACUUGGGAACACUAUCUAGACUCGGAAAGACAGCCAGCUGACCUAACGGAGAAUUCCGUGAGAAUCAAGGAGGCCUUGGUAGCGCCUCUUGGGCCCGAUGGUCUCCAACGCAGAUCUGUCACUCUCACAAAUCCGACUGACCACACCAUGCCCCUCUCUCGCUGGAAGAUUCACAAUUCAGCCGGUCAAUCCCAAGCACUCCCAAAGGAUGCAGCUCUGGGUGCUAUGUCAACCGGUGCCUUUUCCCUUCCUAACUGCCCUCUUGCUAGCCGCGGUGAUACUAUUACGCUGGUGAAUGAUCAGGGACUCAAAGUCGACGGGGUGAGCUAUUGCUCUCAGAAGAAAGGAAUUGAAGGGCGACCGGUUGUUUUUGCUCAUUAG